AUGGGAUGGAAUCAACGCGUCUACUUAAAUUCUGCCCAAAUAUAUGUAUGUAAAAAUUGCAAGACGCAUUUAGCUACCGAAGCAAAUGUCAUAAGUAAAGACUUUAGUGGCAAGCUCGGAGAGGCCUACUUAAUGUGGCAGGUUGUUAAUUCGGAAGAGGAUGAAUUCGAAGAACGCGAAAUGCGUACAGGCAAACAUGUUGUGUGCGACAUAUACUGCUCGCGUUGUCGUAACUAUGUUGGAUGGAAAUAUUGUUAUGCAUUCUUGUCUUCUGAACGUUACAAAGAAGGCAAAUACCUUUUGGAAGCAGCUCGAUUAACCAGAUCAGGAUACGAUAGAGACGAUGACUAG